AUGGAGGGUCACAUUUCUGCAACAAACAACUGGAAGCACUCCUUCUCAGAUAUGGAGUCAAACACAAAGUGCUUAGUAAAGGACUGGUCUAGGAAGCUAGACGAUGCUCUAUGGGCCUACAGGACAGCCUUCAAGACCCCCAUUGGGAUGUUACCAUACCAACUAGUAUUUGGCAAGGCUUGCCACUUUCCAGUUGAACUAGAGCAUAGAGCCUUCUGGGCUCUAAAACUACUAAAUUUUGAUGAGCAAGCUAUAGGAGAAAAGAGAUUGAUGCAACUCAAUGAACUGGAAGAGUUUAGAAAUCAAGCAUAUGAUAAUGCGAAAAUCUACAAAGAGAACACAAAAAGGUGGCAUGACCAAAAGAUAGCAAGAAGGGAGUUCACUGAAGGACAGAAGGUGUUACUCUACAACUCAAGACUCAAGUUCUUCCCUGGAAAACUUAAGUCUCGAUGGUCAGGACCUUUCACCAUACUCAAAGUGUUUCCUUAUGGUCAUGUGGAGCUCAUGGAAGACAAGACUCAGAGAACUUUUCUGUCAAUGGUCAUAGACUCAAACAUUACUUGGGAGGCUCCUUGGAGGAGCAGAGAGUGA